CUCGGAAGCAGCUCCGGCCGCUACACGGAACCGGUGGUGUUGCGCACGCGCCCCGCGACAUGGCGGCGGUGCGCGCAUCCCCACGCCUCCGCUCCCUUCCCCUGCUGUUCUCCCAGCCAGACGCCGCCGCCACAGUCCGGCGUUGUUUCUUCUGCGCGAGCGCGAGCGCCUCCCCCUCCCCCGCGCCCAGCCGGGCCAUGGCGUCCCCAUCCUCGUCAUCCGCGGCCCCCUCCCCGUACACGACGCUCGCGGGGCGCGUGAGCUGCGAGCGCGAGAUCAAGCGCAGCAAGUUCAUCGCCAUCGCCGCUCCCGUCCCCAACGAGCGCGCCGCCAUGGCCUUCCUCGACGAGGUCAAGGAUCCAAAAGCUACCCAUAAUUGCUGGGCAUACAAGCUGGGAGAGCAAUUCCGUUACAACGAUGAUGGUGAGCCUUCUAGCACUGCUGGGAAGCCAAUUUAUUCUGCCAUCAUUUCCUCUGGCAUUGAUAUGGUCAUGGUGGUUGUGAUUAGAUAUUUUGGAGGCAUAAAAUUGGGAACUGGUGGGCUGGUGAGAGCUUAUGGUGGGGUUGCUUCUGAAUGCCUUAAAGAUGCUCCUACUUGCCUUGUGAAACCAAAGGCCCGCGUGGGUAUGGAGGUACCAUUUGAUCUGUUGGGCACUGUCUAUCAUCAGAAAUUGUUAUGCUGAUGGCCUGAUGCACGGAUGCUAUUGUUUGGUACACUAUUUUGGGAUGCCAGUAGAAAUGCUACAACUUCUUCGAACUGAGAGUUGAAGUUGAAGCAUUGUCUCUAAAUUCUGAACUCAGAACCAGUUAGCCAUGGCUGGUGCAUGGGAAACUACUAGCAAACUCUCAACUGCUCAUAGAAUGCCUAGCUAAGUGUUUCCUCUUCGGUCAUGUUAUUUCAUUAACUAAUAUUUACUGUUAGUGUUUGAACCAUGAUUUAGAACAUCUAUGUAGGGUUGUGCCAGCUGAGCAGAGUUGAACUCCUGAUUAUCUAUAAAUCAGGCUCAGUUGGCCCGAUCUACAACUGAACGAAGUUUUACUCUUUGUUUACUAAUAAUUAAGCAGAGUUAUUUGUAUUUGACAUAAUGAAAGUAGGAAACACCAUCAAUUAUGACACCAAACUGACAUCCUAGCUCCAGAUAGUUUGAAGUGAUUUCAAUUUUCUUACUUUGCUAAUGCUAGCAUGUGGGACUGGAAUGCUUAAGCAUCCAAGGUUCUGAAAGUUGAUACUGGAUUGAUAUGUGCCCCAUUGGGGGUGAUAGUGAUUUCUGGACUGUAAAGUAAAAAUAGGUUGAAACUGACUGGUUACCAAACAAAUUUCAGCAAAGCUUAGUGAACCCAUUGUCAUGUGAUCUAAAUUUUAGGUUGCAAGAGCUAACGUCAAUCUCCUGAGGUACAUGUUU